UAAGAUUCAUUCAACUUAGCCCACAUAGGCGAACGGGCGAGAUCUAACUUUAACAACAUUUUUUCAAGGUUUAAUACAAAAUUAUAUUUUAUAUUUAGAUAUUAUAUUUAGUAAGACCAAAAUAAGAGCUAUGUUUCGAAUACCGAAGCCAAAUAUCCGGAAUUUUUACGUUCAGGAUGGCGUUGCCUACACGGAGGAUCGCACUAUUGUGCGGCGGUUAAAAAUCUGUACACUCUUUCCUUUCCCGAGUGAGUCUCUGAAAAAGUAUUUAUCGAGCUUUGGAACCAUAGAAGAGUUCCGAUGGAAUGUGGAUAAGCGUGAGGGAUGGGUGCUGUAUAAGGAGCCAACCGAAGCGGCAAAGGCCUUGUAUUGUGCUAAGCACACCUUAAAUGGCCAAACUUUUUUUCUGCGCGCCAGCAGAUCGUGGGAACAACCGGAGGAGGAGGAGGAACCGGGCAGACUAAGUGGCUACGAUUUGCCCAUAGUCGAUGACGUUUGGCGCAAGGUUCUGGACUACCUGCCUCUGGACAGUCGUCUCAACUUUGCUGCCAGCUGCCAAAGAUUCCAGGGCAUCUACGAACUGGAAUCCCAACGACUGAGCAUUGUCCUUAAAAUGCAGGAUGCCUGCACGUUGACGGCCUGGGGCAUGAAGCGACUGAUGCGGCUUUCAGGAAAGUACAUUCGCCGUGUGGAAGGUGGACCGCUUCAUCCGCGUUGGUCGCACUUGAAACAAUUUGUCCAGCUACUGGGUGUCAGUUGUCCGAAUCUAGCAGAACUUUGCCUACAUCGAAUACCGCUUAAUCCGGACCACAUGGCUUACCUAUUUCUAAACAGCACUGGUUUGGAUAAGUUAAUCAACCUCUCGCUGCGCCGAUGUGAAAUGACAGAUAAACAUCUGCUCUGCUUGGGAUCGCUUACUAACCUGCGGACUCUGGAUCUUGGAGAAAACCCAGGGCUUCUAGGUGGCACCUUGGGAACUCUGCCGCCUUCUCUGGAGAUUCUAAAACUUUCAGGCUGCGAGAAUCUUGAGCCAACGCGUCUUUCUAAUCUGUGUGCUCUGCCUCUCCUCCGCGAGCUGCGCUGCAGUGAGAUACACAUGCGCAAUUUUAACCGCGACUGGAUAGACGAGGAGGAGAUGGCUGCGCUGGAUGCAGACGAGCAUGUGUAUCGGAAGCUGGUGAAGAGCUGUCCAAUGCUGGAGGUCCUCGAGAUAUCGGUAUGCCCAUAUAUGGACGAGAAGAAAUUGGGCGGUUUAUCGCAUUUGCGCACCUUGGUACUUCGUGCCGUGGCCUUGGAGCCAGAACCAUAUCAGGUGGACAACUCGAUGCUAAUGGCCCUUGUGGAGGUCGACUCGCUGCGCCAUCUGGAGUUCCGGCAGGCUUCUCCUGGCUUCGUGGACGCUGUCGGUCUGAAGAUCAUCUCGCAACUAAAAGAGCUACGAACUCUGGUCUUACGCAAUCAGCACUUUAAGGCGGAUGAGCUGAGGGAACUGCGCAAGCUUAAUGCCUUGGAGUUUCUGGACCUCAGUGAUUCGCCCCAUCUAUCCAACGAGAUCAUAGCGGAAUUGGCCAAAACGCUGGGCAAGCUGCGUCGGUUGAAGAUUAAGCGAUGUCCCCUUAUAUCUCAGCGGCUGACGGAGAUCCUCAGGGAAAAGCACUUAUUAGAAGUGGAUGUUUAAUUAUUAUGUGAUUAUGUUAGGCAUAGUUUUUAAUUUUGUAUUUCUUUAAAUUAUGUUUGUGUUAUUAAAUUGUAUAUUGUUUAUCUCUUGUCAA